AAAGCCUUUUUUUAAAUGGAGUUUAAUAGAUGUUUAGAUGCAGAAGCUGAAGAAGGAAGACAGGAGAGUGGGAGAGAUGAUAUUAAUAAUGUUGGCAGUAGCAUUAGAAGUGAAGAACUGGAUUUGGUACAAGUUUACCUUGCCUUUUUGCCUGAAAGAUGCAUGAAAGCAAAAUUCACCUUGACAGCAUACCUGAUGUGCUGGUUACUGCCGGAACUCUGCAAGAAAGCCUGUGAGAACAGACUCUCUGCUUCUGAAAAGAGCCCAGAGCCAGCUGACAACUAUGUCAGUGAGGGAGAGUUUGAAGAUGAUCUGAGUUCUUCUACUCCAAGCACAAUAGAGCUGGAGAUACGUGGAUCCAGCCAAGACACCGAUGAAGACUAUUUUGAGACCCUGUCACAUCAGAGUGGAUCUUUGUCAGAUGUAAAAACUGAGCUUUAUGAGAGCGCAUCGGAGACAGAAUCUGUCGCCAGUGAUGUAACAGGAGAAACUUGCUUGGAUUCAAACUGCCUUUUUAAGGAACGAACAAAUCUGUCCUGUAGUGUUCCUACAGCCCUCUGUGAACUUAAGUGCUCAAGGCAAGCAGAAUUCAGCCAGCAGGUGCAGUUAGAUGUGUCUUCCAAAAUAAAAGUAGCACCAAGCAAGAAUGACUUUUGCAUACACACUACAAAGUCAGAACGUGAAGCGAGUGUUGAAGAUCUAGCAUUAACUAGCAGUACCUCCAACACAGAGAACCAAGAGAGUGAAGAGAGCGUUGCAUCACAGACAGAUGGAAAGUUAAUAGUACGGUUGCAAAAUAAAACAGAGUUUGACAUCAGUAAAACACAAUCCUAUACCAAUUCAGUAUCUACCGAAGAUGCUGUUGCAAGUCAGAAGGAUUGUCCUGCAGUAUUAAGCAUUGCUUUUUUCAGAACUAACUCAGAAAGUCAUUUGGUUUUACCUGGGGUUCAGCAACUUUCCUUCCAGUCAGAUGUAGCUUCAAGCUGUAGUUUGCCUAAUCUCCAUUUUGAAACAAAUGGACCUUUCCAUAAAAGUUCCACUGCAAUAUCCAACUAUAAUUGUGAACUAGAGUCCAUGUCUAGCGUUAAUUGCAACAGGAGGAGCUCAGCUGAUAAUGAGGAAACUACAGGUGAAAGUAUAAGACAUGACAGUACAGGGGCCAUGUUGUCAUCACAUUCAUUUUUUUACCAGCACCACUUCAAAUCAAAACCUUCAACUUGUGAAGACACAAGUCCAGAGAUUAUAGGAAGUAAAACAUGGCACAGCGUACCUGAAAAUAUCAGUACUCAUAGCAAGGCAGAAUAUUUGGUGAACUAUAUCCAUCCAAAAGACAAAUUUAGAUGGUCUUGUUCCAGAGUACAUCUUCAAGGGCUCGAUUUUGAAUGCACUUGGAAAAACUUAGGAAGGGUACCUGUCAGCUCUGAAAGGGCUGUUGGAGUAGAGGGCAAAUUUGGCAUUGAAAGAUUCCUUCUUGAAACUAACAUAAAUUCAAAUGAGGACCAGCUUUCUCAACCAUCUGGCACCUUCCAGUGCCCUGAUCUUUAUCUGUACUCUGAACAAGAGGGUAGUGGCCUUAGUCCAGAAGAAGCAGAUACAUGUGCUGGUAGAUCCUUGUCUACCCAGAACAAUGAAUGUGAAUGUAAUCAGGAACAAAAGGAGACUUCAUCUACUCUGGGCUGCGAACCAGUGGUUAUAAAUGCUCAAGAAUUUACAAAAAAUAAUCAGUAUGAAGCUGAAAGAGAUCUGGAAGCAGACAGAUCCCCUUGUGAAAUUAACAUUGAACUUGGCACUGAUGACACUGAGAACAUAGCAGCUUGUCAUGUAGGCUUUCCUGCCGUGGUGGAAAAUGGAGAUUGUAACUGGGCUGUAAAUGGUGUUGACACUGGUAGAACAGAGCAGAAAUCUUCAAAGGAAAAUGUUCUGGAAUCAGAACUGUCACAUAUUGAGGUCAUGAUAGGGGAAAGAAAGGCAGAUGAUCCUUCUAACCUUGACCUUGGUUGGAAAGUCCUGGAAACCACACUGCAACCGGGUGUCAAUAACACUGAGAUAGAGCACACAGAUGUAACGCAGCAAAAUGCAAGUUGCCAGAUUGGUGCCUUAAGGAGUCCCUCUGAACCAGUAGCAAAUGAAUAUUCUAUUCAUCUAGGAAAAGAUGGAGACGGUGUCUUUGCUCUAGAGAUGACUCCCAAAUUAGACAGCGAAAGCCAGGGAAGGAACUCAAUGAAUCUGUCAGAGUUAAAGCCCACCCUGAUUAUAAUAUCUGUCGAACAGAAAGGAUUACAGUCCAAGACACUGAACAAUGACCCUUGUACUGAAAUGGUCGCUGGAACAUUUAGAAAUGUAGUGAGAAAGGAUUUGGUGGAUCCUCAUAUUGUCAGCAAAGCUCAUCUUGAGUCAGAGAGAGUUCUGAGUGAAUACUGUAGCUGUGAGGAAUCGGUUUUGGCCAACUCUACUGGUAAUGGAGAACCACUCCAUGGUGGGGAUAUAGCUGAAGAGAAAAAGGAUAUUUCACAAGCUGAAGAGAAAAAGGAUAUUUCACAAGAGCAGAGCAAGAAAGCAGUUUCCUCCUUUGCAUUCACCUCUAAUAAUUCCACAAUGGUGAGUGGAAAGGUGGAAUUCAGCAGUGUUACUGACCCAUUGAGCAAUGACAUGCUUAUUGCAGAAAAUCCCAUGGAUAAAUGCGAGGACGUGCUGCUAAAAUCUGACAGCAGAAGUGGUGUUGUGAUCUUUGAGACAGAGCCACGCAGAGCAGAGACUGAUGUGGAAUUAGAGACAGAACAGUUCGGAAAGCAAAGGGCUGAAAUAAAAGAUGACCAGGUGACUAAGGAAGAGGAAUUCCAAGCACACCAAGUUGGAGAGGAAGAUGAAUAUGUAACUAGAGUGGUAGUGCUGGAAACAUGCAAUGUAAGCAAUCUGAGUGAGGGAGAUGGUGCUUAUGAGGACCUUCAGGGGUCAAGCAGCACCUCUGAACAAGUGGUAGGAGAUGAAGGCUGCAGUGGUUCAAAUGAACCAAGAGGUAUUUGUGAAGAACCUCCUCCUAGGGAAGGAAUGGAGGCCUCUCCUGCAGAAAACACAGCUAGCUCUAGAAAAGACAGUGCAUGGAAUCUAGAUGUGUGUGAUGUCUUCAACUACUCUGUGAAAAGGGAGGCCCACAGUGCUUGUUGUAUGGGCCUGGAUAACAUAAGCACCUGCAGCGCUAACAGUGAGGAAAUGGAUGAGAAUUCAUUCCACGUCUUGGGAAGUAACAGCAGCCUCUAUAAAGCUGUGCAAAAGCCAACAAAGAAUGGGAAUAGUGGGAGAGCUUCCAGGUUUUUUGUUUUCUCAAAAAUGACGUCUUUCAGGAAAACUAAGCCUAUUGCAGCUGAAAAUCAGGGAAGCAGCAGCUUCUUUGGCAGUAGGGCUAAGACAGAGGAACUGGAUGGUGGGAAUGAAGAUGAAGACACUGAAAGUUUACAGUCUUUCAAAAGUUGUUCAUCUGGUUCUGCUUUCCACAGGAAGGAAAGUUAUGCCUCUGAGUGCUCAGAUGAUGAUGAUUUAUUCUAUGAGAGGCCUGCAGGAUUAUUCAGUAGAAUGAGCCUGAGGAAGGCUUCUGGCUCUGGUCGAAUACUGAUGGAAGAUACAGACACAAAUUCAACUUCUCCCACACUGCCUGCUGUCAAAUAUACAGAUAGAGUCAUUACAGGUUCAUCUGAAAGCCAAGACGGUGAACCUGUGGAAUACACCGGGAUUAGAAAAUCCUUUCCUGAAAAUGAAUACAAAAGAAACAAAAACCCUGAAGGCAAGAAGUUCAGAACAAGGUUGGCCUUGGCACACAAAUCCCUCUCAAGUUUAUUUGAAUCAAAAUCUCCAGAGAAGGAUAACACAGAGCAAAGCUCCAAAAUAUCACUGAAAAAUGAAAAGGAGAAAGCCAAACUUCGCCAGAGCACCUGGAAAGCUUUUCUAAAGAGCAAGGAGACAGAUGGACUAAAAAGACCUAUCUUGGCAAAUUUGUCACCAACACAGGAGAGCAGCAGCACAACUAGAGGCCAUCUAAUGAGAACAGCAUCAGUAGAUGGUCCUGAUGGACAUGCAUUUUUGAAAACAGAAACAGUGAAUGAUUCCUCAUUAGACACCAACUAUUUUGACACCUCUGUGGAGCCUGUUGAUGUCUCUUCACCUGUAGGUACAUGGAGAAAACGAAUACAAUCCCAUGACUUGGGCAUCAGGUACUCACAGAGUUCAGACUGUGAUGAAAUGCAAGAAGCUCUGGGCAAUAGUUUUAAUGCUUCUCUAGAGGAAUGCUGGAUGAAAUCUCCAUUUAGCCCCUCUGAUGUGCAGUUGCUGUUCAAUCAGCCAAGUCCAUCAUGUCCCCAGCUCUCAAAUUCUGAAGGUAAAGAUAUGCCUUGCAGGCCCAUGAGUCCCAAACCACAGAGUCCAAGAUCUACUUCCCAACGCAAGAGCUUCCGUUAUCCUGGAAGAAUAUGUGCCACGUCAAUGAUCUCUCUUGGGAACAGCUCUACGGUUGACUGCAGUUUGGAGGCUCCUGAGAGACCAAAGACACUGAAACCCAGAGGUAGUCUCUUGCAUUCUGUACACUCACUGGACAAUGAAUACCAGAGGGAUGACAGUGGGAUAAGCAGUCAAUCCCAGAUCAGCUUAAACACAGCUUCUUCCAUUAGUGACGUGCUCAGAGAUGAGGACUCCAAACAGCAAUGUCCAACACCACCUGAAAAGAGGCCAAAUGAGAAAGGGGUUCCCCAUCGCAAAAGGAGGUCCCCCCAGGUUCCAACAUCCCCACGCCCUUUCUCCACCCUUGAGAACAAAGCCUGGAGGCUUUCCUUCCUUGCUCCAGAUGAAAAAGCCAAGGAGAUUCCGGAGAGGAGGAGGAGGAGGAGGAAGAGACCUAAGUCCCUCUAUAAGUGCUUCAGCUUCGAUGAUAUUUGGAUGCAGAGGAACCAAAAAAGGAAGCUAGAGAAGGAGACGCAGCCAGAGAGAGGGACUCAAUUGCAACACUUCCCAGAGGACCAGUUAAAAGCUGGAAGAAGUUCAUCCAUCACAUCUACCAUUGCUCUUGACAUCCUACCACUGAAACUGCAUCCAUUUUCCCAGAGUACUCCGACAGGCCUGGACUGCGUGGGCUGGAAACGACGCGUCACCUUCCCUGUGAUCGCUGAUGGGGCCCUGGACAAGACAGCUCUGACAGAUGAUGUGGGAAGCGAGGAGGACCUGUACGAGGACUUCCGCAGCUCCAACCACCGCUAUGGCCACCCUGGGGGAGGCGGAGAGCAGCUCGCCAUCAACGAGCUCAUCAGCGAUGGCAGCGUGGUGUAUGCAGAAGCCCUCUGGGACCAUGUCACAAUGGACGACCAAGAGCUGGGAUUCAAGGCUGGCGACGUCAUUGAAGUAAUGGAUGCUACCAACAAGGAGUGGUGGUGGGGAAGGAUUCUGGACAGUGAAGGCUGGUUUCCAGCCAGCUUUGUACGGCUUCGAGUGAACCAAGAUGAACCCAUGGAAGAUUACCCUGUCAAGGUAGAGGGUGGUAAAGACGACGACUCCAGCAGUGGUACCCGGCGCUUUGGGAUGGGGCAGACCACCAAAGACCAGAUGAGAACCAAUGUUAUCAACGAGAUCAUAAGCACAGAAAGAGACUACAUCAAGCAUCUGAAGGACAUCUGUGAGGGUUACAUUAAGCAGUGCCGCAAAAGAGCCGACAUGUUUACAGAAGAACAGCUGAAGACAAUCUUUGGGAACAUUGAAGACAUCUACAGAUGCCAGAAGAAAUUUGUUAAAGCACUGGAGAAGAAAUUCAACAAAGACCACCCACAUUUAAGUGAGGUCGGCUCCUGUUUCUUGGAAUAUCAAACGGAGUUUCAGAUAUACUCUGAAUACUGCAACAACCACCCCAACGCCUGCAUGGAGCUGUCGCGCCUCACCAAAGUUAACAAGUACGUCUACUUCUUCGAAGCCUGCCGCUUGCUGCAGAAGAUGAUCGACAUCUCUUUGGAUGGGUUUCUGCUGACACCAGUGCAGAAAAUCUGCAAGUACCCGCUGCAGCUGGCAGAGCUGCUCAAAUACACCAACCCUCAGCACAGGGAUUUUAAAGAUGUUGAAGCUGCCUUAAAUGCCAUGAAGAACGUUGCUCGGCUCAUCAAUGAGAGGAAGCGGCGACUGGAGAACAUCGACAAAAUUGCUCAGUGGCAAAGCUCCAUAGAAGACUGGGAGGGUGAAGAUGUUCUCGUUAGAAGCUCAGAACUCAUCUAUUCUGGAGAAUUAACCAAAGUCUCCCACCCUCAAGCCAAGAGCCAACAGAGGAUGUUCUUCCUCUUCGAUCACCAGCUUGUCUGCUGCAAGAAGGACCUUCUGCGCCGGGACAUCUUGUAUUAUAAGAGUCGAAUCAACAUGGAUGAUAUGGAAAUACUGGAUAUAGAAGAUGGGAAGGACAAGGACUUCAGCAUCAGUGUGAAAAAUGCAUUUAAAUUACACUGCCGCAACACUGAGGAGGUCCACUUAUUCUGUGCGAAAAAACCUGAGCAGAAACAGCGCUGGCUGAAGGCCUUUGAGAAUGAAAGGAGACAGGUUCAGCUUGACCAGGAGACAGGUUUUUCAAUCACAGAGAUGCAGAAGAAGCAAGCAAUGCUAAAUGCCAGCAAGCAGCAUCACACUGGGAAGCCAAAGGCUGUCACCAGGCCAUACUACGACUUCCUGAUGCGACAGAAGCAUCCCACACUGCCCACCACGCUCCCACAGCAGCAGGUCUUCAUGCUGGCAGAGCCCAAGCGCAAACCCUCGAACUUCUGGCAGAACAUCAGCAGGCUGACACCCUUCCGGAAAUAAGGACAGCCCCGUGUUUGUGCCUGAACCCCUUCUGAGAAAGCACUUUAUCCACCAGUCCGAGGAGGUGGAGCCCAGGUUCUUCCAAUCCUUUGUUACAGAGGAUGGCACAUGUGCUCCUGCCUUCUCUAUUUAUCUUGCAGACCAACUGACCCUUGGCUCUGAGGUGAGAUGCUGCAUGUGUGUUACACACGCGUGCAGCUGUGCUAGGUCCCAGCAAGCCAACAUUGCACAGCACCCAAGAAACAAACUUCCAGGAAGAGAUCAGAAUGGAGCCCGAUCUGUCUCAUCUGAAAAGAUUUUGCCUGUCACCUGUACUCUGAACCAUUCCAUUCUGCUGUGAACACCGCUGCUGUCCGGCAGCUGCUCAGCCUACCAGCUCUGUCCCCCACUGACAUGCUCAGAACAACAGCUCAGUGUUGCUGACAUCGUACGUUUUGCAGGGAGGAGCAAACCCUUCCGUUCUCUGCUCACUUGUUCCCUACCUUUCACCUCAAGGACAUGAUCCUCCUACACCCUUCUAACUAACUCAGUCAGCUUCUGCUGGCACUCAGACGAGACAACAGUGAGUAUUGCACUGUGACCCUUCCCUUUAAUUCAACAACACUGAUGAACAAUAACUUGUUAAACGGUGCCAACCAACCUGCAGCAUGAGUAACGUUCAAGUUCUGCUCUAGUGGGUUCGUUACAUAAGUUAGAGAAAAAAACGUGCCUAAAUUAAUACUGUACUCAACUCUUUAGAUUCUCUUCUAUCAUUCUUGCCAUAUUUCCUGGCCAAUGAAAAUGCUCCUUGUUUGUAACGUGUUUAUUUAUGGUAUGAACCAGGACUGUGUAUUUUGUAAGUCUGUAACUGUUCUCGUCAGCUGUUGACGCCUGUUUUGUCUGUUUUAGUUUUAUUUUUUCAAAUAACAAGAGGUCAAUGCUUGCAAACUGCUCCUACAAAUCUGAGUCUGCAGUUCAACAGUGAAAGAAAGGCUAAAACCACAACUGUUAUGCAAGUGUCCACAGACUCAAAUUAUUACAGGCUUUUGAGCCCUUUACAAACAGACAUCCUAAGGCUACUUAUAACAGGCCAAGAUUCGGCACCAAAAGCCUCACUUUAGGUACCCAAAUGGUGGCCAAGAAAAAUUCAUUUGUACCUUGGUUAGCAAAAGGAAAGAGUUGCCUUACCUUAGUGAGAGUUAGAAGCCAUACUGACCUAAUUCCUUAGCUUAGAGCCACCUUGUGACAUUGGAAGGAAAACACUCCUUUGUUCCAACACGAUGCUAUUGUGAGUGAGCACUAACUGCCUCCAGAGCUCCCAGGUCCAGUGUUUGAUGCUGUAGCUGACCAGAGUUUGGUCAUCCAGGGACAUCUGAAUUUAGUAGCAUGUACAAAGUUGUUCUUGCACUAUAUCUUCUUCCCCAGACCAGGGGCUACAUUUAAUUUCAUAAAGAAACUUGUAAAAGUGACUCUGUCUGUGUCUGACGUGUCUUACCCAUGUAAACCUGUUUCUCUUCAAAAUCGUUGUUCCUCUUGCAACUGCUCAGCAGCUGACCCAUGUUAGAUGGCCUCAGUGAAGCCACCCAUGGAAGGUAGGCAGGAUGUGGUACAAGAGAUGCACCCAACCAUCACACAGAACAUGGACUAAGGUUAGCAAGUCAGUCGCAUCUAAAUCUCAGCCUCCUGCUAGUAAAAACAGUGAGGAAACAUCAAUAGAACUGUAGGGGAUAAGCAAGCUCACUCAGUAAUUAGAGAGGGUCAGCGAGCUGAAGUUUGGGAGAGAAUGCAGCUGUUCCUUAAGGGAAAACGCACAACACCACGCCCUUCUCCAAGGCAGAACCAGAUGCAGCAUCACCACUUGGUGCAGUCCUCCAGAGGAUGGUGUUAAGAAACCAAUGAGAAAACCCUUCCGCUCCAAGGUGCCUGUGAAGGUGCAGCACAUGCCCUCCCCCUCCACAUCUCUCCAAGCAGCAGGAAAAUAGGGCUUACCAAGCAGGAUGCACAUUCUUGAGCUGCUUUCUGCCUGCCCUGCAGUAACUUCAACUCACACAAUCAUUUGCAGAUCUGUUCUGGCUUUGUCAAAGAUGUAUCUGUAGUGACACACAGCAGUCAGGAAACCAAGGCACUGGGGGGCACUUACAGGAAUGGCCUUUAUUCACUGCAUGACCAAGCAUAGAACAAUAAACACAGACAGGAAAAUCAGCCCAGAGUUGUGUACUGCAUCUGCACUGCUACCAUCACAGUGCUCAGCACCUUCCCUUCUCAGCACCUUCCCAUGGCCCGCAGCACCGUGCAGCCGGAGCUGUCAGCACCCAGCAGGGAAGCAGCAGUUGGGCUGCGCCAGCAUGGCCUAUAACCCCAGGCUGCAGCUGCACCGUUACCCAGUGUGAGCACAGCACCAUUUCACACUCACCCUUUGCUUUUUGGCAGAACAGGCCGCUUCUACCAGGUUUGCAUGAGCGAGCUUCAUCCUCCUAAGUGUUGAGCACAGCAACGCUCCUGUUGGACUUCACAGCACCCAGAAUGCUGAAUGGUUACCCUCACUGCACUGCACCCACCACAACAGGGUCACUUGCAGAAAGCAUGCAUAAAUAACAGAGGGCAAUCAUUACUUCUGUGUUUACCCCAAGUGUCUGCACCCCUCCUUUCCUCUUCCAUGUCUGUUUUGAUUGGCCAGGAAGAAAAAUGCAUUGGCGUGGGAUUGAUCCAUUUUCUGAGGUUAGGAGUUCAGUAUUUGAGGGAGGGGGGGAGGAAUGCUGGAUUAAAGCAGCCUGACCCAGGCCAGAAGGGGCUUUGGGAGUUCACAUAGUGCAGUCCCAACACCGUGCCCUGGAACAAGCCUCAGUGGCUGCAUCAGGUUGCUCAUGGCCUCACCAGGCUGCUGCCAGACUGUGCUCAAGGACGGAGGUUCUCCAUUAACUCUGGGUCUCUGUUGAUCAAGGGACCAGCCAUAUCCUGAAGAAAGUUACCGCACCCAUUUGAGAGCCUAUUUGCACCUUCUGAUACCAGUUUUUAAUGUGUAUUUUGUUCUACAUGACACUUUAAGUCUUCACUGAAGUCACUCCAGCACGAAUUCCCAUCUAUUCUACGGAUUGAGAUGGGGUGAGAAUGGCACUGAGACUACGCAGCACGCGAUGCCCUGCAGGCUCUUGGUGCACUAAGAGACAUCCCCACACCCACACACAGCUAAGAGCUGGUUACCAGCACCUCCUUAGCAAUACUUAGAACAGGACGUAUGCAUCGAGUUACUGAAGUUGCCAGAUUAUCUGCAGAACUUGCUCCAUAUCUCAUCAGUGCACACAGAGAAACUUUAUAGACAUAAGUGCCAAAACAGACUUCUCUGGCCAAACAGCAUGCCAGUGGAAGAAAAGUCCUUCAAGGCAGAAAUACAUUCUCCCCGAGACUGCCUAUCAGUAAUAUUCAUAACAAGUGGCUUCAGUUGGGAUCCUGCUCUUGUAAGGAACACUUGGAGAGAGGAUCUGAUUCCCUAUGCAAGACUGAAAUCAGGUAUAAAAGCUGAUCGCACUGAAAGAGUGGAAACCUUGUAACAUAGCAGGUGGAGCUGCAGCACUAAUUAACAGGUAAGAAUCCAACUCGCUUUGCUCAGCUUCACCACACACCCACCCCUGUGCAUACAUUUAUACAUCUGCACAGGAUUUCAUCAAGAAAUGACAUCCAUAUCUGGUACCAAUUGGUACCAAAUUCACCAACACAAAACCUGUUAUCCCCUGAAUGAACCGUGUGACCUCCACUGAUCUCAAACCAUCAUGUACUCAAGUCACCUCAUCUCCUAAAUUGUUAGUGAAUAAAUGGUUAAAUGUACAUGUGCUGUAAAGUAGUAACAGAAUAAUUGAUACUGCAUUUCCCUCCUCUUCUUUCAUCGGGAUUCUCAAUGGAGGCAUUCAGCAUUGUACUGUCAAGUAGAAUUGUCAGAGAAUGCAUGCAAAGGACACAAGCUUUACAAGCUUUCUGCGCGUGCACGUUAGGUGAUGACCUUGUGGACCUUCCCAACCUCAUUGUAAAGGGGUUUUCUGGCAUAUGAGCAUCAGGUUAAGUACAACUUCUGUCAAGCUUUCUGAGCAUACCACACAGAACCAGCUCAGAUUCCCAAGACAAGUCCACCUGAAGCAUGACCAAGCAGAGACACAACUGCGGUACUCACCUCCCCUCCUUUGGAGAUGAACCCUCUACAUGACCAGAAACAUGCAUUUUCAUGCAAACCCCCCAGAAAACCAAAACCCCAACCAAACCAAAAUGAAAAAUCCCAAGUUCAGACUCAGUGCAGGAACAGCAGCCACUCAACUGGACUAGGGGUUGCUGGGUGGUCUGGUUGUUUCUGGCUGUGUCUGCCUUCUUCCCUCCUGUAGCCAAAUGCAUGGGAAAAUUCAUGUGAAAAGCAGCUGGGCUUCCUUUCUAGUGAGCAAAGCCUCAACUCAGGCAAUGCAUGGGUUUAUGUGAACCAGUCACAAGAAUGGAAAAAAACAGUAUAAUUCAUUUUGACAUUUAAAUCAGGUUCAGAGACACUUGUUCCCAUGAAGCCAAACAAUCCCAAGAAGCAUCAUUUAAGAUCUAUGACUCCAUCAUCUCUUAAGAUCCUUACCUGAAGAGCUGUGGGGUGCAGGGAGGUGGAAGCCCUUCUUGCAUUUGACCUCAUCCAUGGCCUCGCUGUGGGCAAACCCAGCUGUCUGGGCACUGCCUGCAUCUGGGUGUCUGAGCUUCCCAAAGAUCUCUGCAGGCCUGGCCUCCAUGGCAGUCAUCUGUGAGUAACGGGCAUCCAAAGGAAUCCUGGAUUCAGACUGAAAACUGCAUCUCUUCGGAUGCCUGGAGACAGAAAUGAGUUUUUCUUAUGUUCUUUCAUCUUUUGCAAUAUAGAAACAGAAGAACAUUGUCAGCAUCUGUGAGGUGCUACAGCUUACAGCAAAUCCCACUUCUGAUGUUACUUUUAUUGCUACCACUGUCUUCAAAUCUCACCGCCUGCCUACAGAUGAGGGCUAUGGGAUGGCAGUACGUGGUCACAGCAAAUACAGGACAGCAUCAAGUCCAAAGGUUAUAAGAAUGAAGCUAUUCCAGCUUCAUUCAACUGCUAGAGCCUCACCUGCACCUGCAGUGACUCCAGUUUUCUGCCUGAGCCAGCAGGACCUGCACUGCAACUGAUGCAUAGCAGUAGAUCGGCCUGAGAAGAUCUCAGCCACAACAUCCUGUAUAACAUGAAAGGCCCCCAUUUCCAGUGCUCCUGCUGAAGUAAGGCUGUGGUAUCAAAUUUUCAGGUAAGUAAUGGGUUAAAAACUGAGAACUCUGGUAAUGGACAGAAGUAAACUGAAAAAAUUGAUGUGUUUUCAGUCAAUUUGAACCUACUGAAGGUGCAGUUUUGUUCAUUUAAUAGUGCAGGGCAGGGAGUCGGUGCUCGAAGCAGCGCAGGCAGAUCAAUGCAUCUCCUUUAAAAACUCAGCUAGCAUAAGAAGAUGGUCAAAAACACAGCCUGGCAGAAGUCAGAAUGCAUCCCCACGUCUUUCUGCUGAGUGCUGCCCAGAGAGGGGGAGGUGGGAGGACGACCUCCUGCGUGCUCAGGAACAGCAGCAGCGUGGGCUUCAUUGCCUUUACAUUCACAGCUGCCUAUUUCAGGCUUGGGAAAGCCCAAAGGGGUCGUCUUCUUGGCCAUGCAGCAAUCACAGCUUCCCCUGCCUUGGGAUUAACACUGCACACCAUAUUCCAUUUCUCACCACAGCUUCCACAUUUCCUUCACAAGCUGCAUUACUGAAAUCCCAUGGCUUCGGCAAUGCUGGUACUAUUAGCAAGUAGAGGCUGUUUGUUCUUUCUGCCUAACUGCCACUUUCCUCCCUGCAACUGCUCCACCCUGGUGUGCAUGGUGAGCUUCUCUUUUGCACAACUUUGCUACCAAAGCAGCUCUCUGUUUUACAGCCUGUGCAAAUAAGAUACCCAUAUCCUGACCCCGGACUUGUAUACCUUUGUGUGUGACUGUUUACAUACAUUUGUGAGUUGGGAAAUAAACAAGUUAUCAACUUCA